GACAAAGAACACGUAGGAAGAAACAGAAUUUGAAUUCAGGUCCACUUGAUCCCAAAUCUAACGUUCUCACGGUAUUAAACCUCUCUUGUCCUCGGAAUAGAGAGACUAGAAAUUCCUUUCUUCUGACCUGAAGGGAUCAGAUUCACUCCUAAGGCCUGGAGAGAACUCUUUCCUGUUCUUUCCCGGAAAAAGGGAGGAAGCUGCAGACUUUUCCCCUCGCCCACUUUGCCCAGAGUCGUCCUCCUCUCGUAUCUUACUCCAAGCUUCCCCUUCUUUCAGCCCACUUGUAUACCCAGUAGUAGACACUCCCUCGGGCAGGACCUGUGCCCCUGCCUUCCUUUCUAACUCCUGGGGUCUUCCCCCACCCCCACUCCGCUCAAUUCCCGCCUCGAUUAGGCCAUACAGACCCCCUUUCCCUGUUUCCUCUCUCCCGGGGUUCCUCCUUCCCCAGCUAUGGGAGAGAGUCAGCCCCCCGCCCCUCCCAGUUGCUAGCAGAGUCCAGCCCCAGCCCCCCGCCCGCGCGGGGUCCCCGCCUCUUCGGGAGCUCGCUCUCUGGCACACACACGCGCGCACACACGCACAGCCUGGGGUCCAGCCCAGCCCUCCCCCAGGUCUCCUCCUCCUCUUGCGGCCGCCAGGGAAACCUUGCACACACAGAGACAGACACACUGGGAGACACACACGUACCGGGCCCAGCCAGCCCUCCCCUGGGUCUCCUUCUCCUGGGGCUGCCGGGGAAAGCGGCAUACCCGCACACCCCGGGGUAGGGUCCGGCCCGAUCCCCUUCCCUCUUCCUUCUCCCCCUCCCCUUCUCCUUCCCCAGUCUCUUCUUCUGUUGCUGCUGCCGCUGCCGCUGCCGCUGCCGCCGCCGCCGCCGCCGCCGCCGCUGGGAGAGGAUUCAUGUCCCUCCAGCAUCAUGCAGCCGCCGCCGAGGAAGGUGAAAGUUACACAAGAACUGAAAAAUAUUCAGGUUGAACAGAUGACAAAACUUCAGGCCAAACAUCAGGCAGAAUGUGAUUUACUUGAAGACAUGAGGACAUUCAGUCAAAAGAAGGCUGCAAUUGAGAGAGAAUAUGCACAGGGCAUCCAGAAAUUGGCUAGUCAAUACCUGAAGAAAGAUUGGCCUGGAAUAAAAGCUGAUGAGCGGAAUGAUUACAGGAGCAUGUAUCCUGUUUGGAAAUCAUUUUUAGAGGGAACUAUGCAGGUGGCCCAAUCCCGAAUCAAUAUCUGCGAAAAUUAUAAAAACCUUAUUUCAGAACCUGCCAGGACAGUGAGAAACUUAAAGGAACAACAGCUAAAAAGGUGUGUGGACCAGUUGACAAAGAUCCAAACCGAGUUACAAGAGACAGUAAAAGAUUUAGCUAAAGGCAAAAAGAAGUACUUUGAGACAGAACAGAUGGCUCACGCGGUCCGAGAAAAAGCUGACAUUGAGGCCAAGUCCAAACUUAGUCUUUUCCAGUCAAGAAUCAGUUUACAAAAGGCAAGUGUAAAGUUAAAAGCCCGGCGGUCAGAGUAUAAUUCCAAAGCUACCCAUGCCAGGAAUGACUAUCUUCUCACAUUAGCUGCAGCUAAUGCACACCAGGACCGUUACUAUCAAACUGAUUUAGUCAACAUUAUGAAGGCCCUUGAUGGGAAUGUAUAUGAUCAUCUGAAGGAUUAUUUAAUAGCAUUCAGCAGGACUGAGCUAGAGACAUGCCAAGCUAUACAGAAUACAUUCCAGUUUUUAUUGGAAACCUCAAACAGGGUGGUGCGGGAUUACAAUCUUCAGCUGUUUUUACAAGAGAAUUCUGUGUUUCAUAAACCGCCACCUUUCCAGUUCCAUCCCAGUGACAGUGAUACCAGCCGACAGUUGGAAUCUGAAACAGGGACCACAGAGGAACACAGCUUAAACAAGGAGGCCCGGAAGUGGGCUACAAGAGUGGCUCGAGAGCACAAAAACAUCGUCCACAACCAGAGGGCCCUGGAAGAGUUAGAAUGUCAUGGUGUUGCUGUAUCAGAGCAAAACCGAGCAGAACUGGAACAGAAGAUAGAUGAAGCCAGAGAAAGUAUCCGUAAAGCAGAGAUUAUUAAGCUGAAAGCUGAAGCACGCCUAGACCUCCUGAAACAAAUUGGGGUUUCUGUAGACACAUGGCUGAAGAGUGCAAUGAACCAAGUAAUGGAGGAAUUGGAGAAUGAGCGAUGGGCCAGCCUUCCUGCAGUGGCCAACAAUGGCUCCUUGCACUUGCUUAAUGUGGAUGCAGAAAGAGAAGAAGGGGAAGAAUUUGAGGAUAAUAUGGAUGUGUUUGAUGAUAGCAGUUCCAGUCCAUCGGGUACCCUACGAAACUAUCCACUAACCUGCAAAGUUGUCUAUUCAUACAAGGCAUCUCAGCCAGACGAGCUGACGAUUGAGGAGCAUGAGGUGUUAGAAGUGAUUGAAGAUGGAGAUAUGGAAGACUGGGUAAAGGCCCGAAACAAAGUUGGCCAGGUGGGUUAUGUGCCCGAGAAGUACCUGCAGUUCCCGACGUCCAACAGCCUCCUGAGCAUGCUGCAGUCCCUUGCCGCGCUAGACAACCGCUCUCACACAUCGAGCAAUUCAACUGAGGCAGAACUUGUUUCCGGGAGCCUCAAUGGAGAUUCCAGUGUCUGUUUUGUUAAAGCACUUUAUGACUAUGAAGGUCAGACAGAUGAUGAACUAUCCUUUCCUGAGGGAGCAAUCAUUCGCAUCUUGAACAAAGAGAACCAAGAUGAUGAUGGUUUCUGGGAAGGGGAAUUCAAUGGACGCAUUGGCGUUUUCCCAUCAGUGCUAGUGGAAGAACUUUCAGCCUCAGAAAAUGGUGAUACUUCAUGGGUGAGAGAGAUUCAGAUCUCUCCCUCCCCCAAGCCACACAAUUCUCUGCCUCCACUGCCUCUCUACGACCAGCCACCCAGCAGCCCUUCUCCCAGCCCUGAGAAGAGGAACUCGAGGUACUUCCCCAGGUCUCCGUCCAUGAACGAAAACAGCUUCAGCUCCGAUUCUCCAGGGUUCUCUCAGCCCCCAAGACACACACCGGAAGCCUCCUAUGGUAAAUUGCGACCUGUACGGGCUGCGCCCCCCCCUCCCACUCAGAGCCACCGCCGGCCCGCAGAGAAGAUGGAGGACGUGGAGAUCACGCUGGUGUGACGCCGCCGAGGCCCGCCCCGCCCAGCUUGGCCAAGACCGUGUUUCAAGGCACCUUUGCAUGAAGAUGACUAGAGUAAGGAGCAGGAACCAGGGAGGACUCCGUGCGGCAGCGGCCUGCCCUCCGCCUCCCCCUGUGCCUUUGCUUGUCGUUCUGAGUCAUCUCCUUCCAGAGCACAAGCCCGGAGGGGCCGUGGCCCCGGCCAGGCAGGCCCACCCGAGCCCGGGGCAGGCUCUUGGCCACUUGUGUGGCCCGCCCCAGCCCCCUCCCCUCACACGUUAGUACAGUAUAUUACUGUGGCCAUAGGAAUGUGUUAGGAACGCGCCCGGAGCCCCCAGCAUCCCCCGUGGGAUGAG